AUGAAUGAUGAUAUAGCCGGCGCCGAAGAGGGCCUCGAGGGGGGCAAUUCGUCGUUUCACAAGCUAGGGAAAGGCAUUGUCACUUUCAUUAGAGCCACACUAGGCCUUGAGCAAGAUAUUAUGCGUGAAGCGGCUGAAAGGCUAACAGAGGCCGAGAACAGUGCAUAUAACGAUCAACGCAGAUCGCACCAUAAAGCAAGCGCCCUCAAUUCCUAUCGCUCUGCUAUUUAUGAACCUGGUACGGAAUAUUUGCUAUGUCAGAGCAUGGCACAGCUAAUGGCCGCUCUCGUGGGCGUACUAAGUGAAAAUUUAACGGAAAGCAUAAAGGCAUUCUACAAACUCCGCAAGGCGUACAUCGCACUUGAUGGGAUUAUGCAAAUGGAAACAAAGUAUUUGGAAAGCAAGGCAACCGACAAGGUUGAAAUGGACCAUCAUCCAUCUGGCACUAUUGAAACACGGACGGAAAGUCAUAAUUCCCCCAGGGUGCCGACUCCUUUUCGGAUUCCAGGGAUGCCCACAAAUCCUAGUAAUCAGGGUGACGUUGCCGAAACAAAACUGGGUGUGGAGUCAUCAAGAAAUAGCAAUACCGUUCAAAUAUUUCCCCAUUUGAACGCUGAUGUUCUGGCUCAUCCUGUCGACCAAUUUAUUCACUCUGGAGCGAGUCUCUGUUUUGGACUAUUGCUUCUUCUUAUUUCUAUGGUCCCACCCACCUUCAACAAGUUCCUUUACAUUGCCGGUUUCAAGGGCGACCGCCCAAGAGGAUUACAGAUGCUAUGGAAUGCAAGCAAAUCCCAAACCUUAACUGGAGCAAUUGCCGCUGUCACCCUUCUUGCUUUCUACAAUGGCUUUGUGCGUUGUUGUGAUAUUCUUCCUGACCGAUCUUCUGAAAGCCAUGAUGAUAUUGAAGGGUACCCUCUGCACAGACUAGGAGAACUAUUAUCGGAUAUGCGUGGUCGUUUUCCUCAGAGCCAACUGUGGAUUCUGGAAGAAUCAAGGAUGAAAGGAGCCCAUAAAAAGCUAGAAGAUGCCUUAAACCUGCUUACAUCACCUACGAAAAGUCCUCUCAAACAAGUAGAGGCAUUAUGUGUUUUUGAAAGAAGCUUAGAUGCUAUGUAUCUCCAUAAGUAUGAGCUUUGCGCCGAAUCUUUUUUACAAUGCGUCGAAUUAAACUCCUGGUCGCAAGCCUUAUACUAUUACAUCGCAGCGUCUUCACAUCUUGCCAUUUACCGGCAAAACGCCAGCCGUUCUCCUACCGUAGCAGCUCACCAUGCGUCAAAAGCAACAGAGCUUUUUCGUAUGGCCCCACAGUUUGCUGGUAAGAAACGGUUGCUGGCAUCCCAGCUUCCCUUUGAUGCUUUAGUCGUGCGCAAAGUGUCCAAAUGGCAGCUGCGUGCGAAGCAAUGGAACAUUGAUUUCAUUGAUGCUAUCGGAGUGGACCCGAUAGAGGAAAUGAUUUAUUUCUGGAACGGCCACAGCCGCAUGUCUGAAAUCCAGCUGGAGAGCUCCUUGAAGAACCUUAAAUGGUCAGAGGGCCCAGAAAACAAGACCUGGGAUCGGGAAGAUCAUGAUGAGCAAUGUAUUCUUGCUCUCCUUCGAGCAUCGAUUCUCCGCUCGCUGGGUAAACAUGAGGAAGCCAAAGAUAUAUUACAGUCGCAUGUUCUUUGUCAUGAUAAAGCCAUCUUCAAAGGCCAUCUCAAAGACGACUGGACGUCCCCAUCAGCUCAUUAUGAGAUGGCUGCUAAUCUAUGGAUGGAACGGCGUUCCUUUGUUCCUUUUGAUGCGCACUCUAUGGGCAGAAGAAAUGGAGAUGGUACUUUUGAGAGCGGGGAUGAUAACAUGGAGAAAGACCUUCCUUGCGAAGAAGAUAGGGAGAAGGUUGACGAAUGUAAGAAGUGGCUUGAAAAAGCUGCGCGGUGGGAAUCCUUUGAGUUGGAUGCUCGCAUAGGGCUAAAAAUUGCAAUGGCAGAGGCCACUGUACAAAAAUGGGACGCUUUGUAUAGCGUAUCAUGA